AGUAGCGUCUGGGGUAGCACAGUUUGAAGGGGUGGCCAAUGUCGUGGUAUGGAAGGAAAACCCUUUCACUCUGUCAGGAAUUGUCCCUCGUAAGUACAAUGGGCUGCAGAUAUAAAAAAAUGUUCAACGUGCAAAUAAUGUCAAUGAAAAGGAGGCAACUGAAGUUUUGAUCACCACAUCACCAUCAACAAAUUGAUUUCUACACGCCAAAACACACUAUGAAAACGGGAUUCCCAAAGGAGACCGAGAAAUAUUUUAAAGAAAAAUAAUCCACAUUUCUAUAUAGAAAUAGCGAUAAAUUUUUAUCUUAAAAUACAUAACAUUAUUAGCGCUACCGUUCAUGUCCAUGUAAAUAAAUGAAUUUUGAAUUGGAGACAUUUAAAGAUUUCGACCAUGAGUCUAGGGAUUCCUAGGGGAGAGUAGUGCUUAUUUUUGUAAUGGUAUGUAAUUAUAAAUUUCAAAAAACAAUAUACUAAAAAUAUCCAACUGAGGAGAAAAAAAUCUGAUUACUAUUUAAAACUGUGUUUAAUAUUAUUGUUUAAUAAAAUUUCAGCUUCUCCAAUGCCUGGUGAAGUACCUGUGACUGUUGUCACAGACGCCGGUCUGAAAAUUGGAAUGACAGUUUUCAGACACAUUGACGUGAUAGGGGAGAUAGUCCGAGAGGUAGUAAAGGAUCCAACUCCUCGAUCAUUGUGGUCUGCCAUUUGUUUGGAAGAGCAAGGAUUCUUUGAGAAUGAGAGCAACAUUGCACAGGUAGUUGCUCCGAAGUAUACAAGGCCAAGGUAAAGUGAAGUAAUUUUAUGUAGGUCUAUUUGCCCAAUUCCUCAAACUUUAGAUCUGGCGGUCCGGGCUCAAUACUCACCAUCACGUUUCAAUAAAAAGUUGCACAGAAUCCAUAGAAACGGAGGCCAUUAAGAAUCAAGAUGGCGACGCGCGGGAUGAUACUGACGUAGUCAAUCCAAGUUCUAGUCAAUGUUUGCGUCACUUGUGUCCUCGUUAUCCAACCAUUAAGCCAGUGGCUGCGGACCCACAAGCCGGCUCAAGCAAGUUAUUUCUGAUUAACUUUUGUAAUUGAAAAAAAAAACAAGAUGUAAUUUAAAAAAAACAAUAUGUCUCCCGUUGUCUUUACUAUGUUUGUUCAGAAAUCAUCGUCAUGAUCAUCGUCGUCGUCGUCAUCGUCUUCGCGCCCGGAGGAGGAUACUUGUUGUUACAGUGGAAACACUAAUUUGUAAUUCUCUAACUUAUUUUUCAGUUCAAACGAAACACCUGCCAUCAGUGAAAGUUCUUCAGCUACUAGUUUACACCCCAAACCGAUGUUCAAGAAUCUAUUGACAUGGUCUUCAGUACUUAAGCUGGACAAGCAAGGACAGAACACCAUUACCCGAGGAUGUUGCUCAAGCCAAUGGCCAUGAAGGAUUAGCUCAGUACUUUCAAGAUGUUAACACAAGGUAUUGUGUAAAACUGCGGCUUUUAGAUUUUUAUUUUUGUUGUUCUUUUUGAAGGAGCGGGAGUAGGAAUAGUAGCAAAGCAGCAGC